UCAACCCUACUAAAACCAGACCGAACCAACCAAAUGACACCCUUACCAUCUCUCAAGGUCAGAAAGAUUGGUGGGGUCUCCUACAAACAGUGAUUACGUGGACGAUUUUAAAAAGUUGGGAUCGGGAUAUGCGGGUCCACAUCAAUCGCUUUUUGAACCGUCCCAAAAUGAGGAUGAGGAAACGGUCAACCUUCCGAGUCCUCGUCACGUCUUUUGGAGAAACGCUUGGGGUUUAAUCCAUCUCUCUCUCUCUCUCUCUCUCUAGACAUUCUGAAGCCACUCACUCAGUCACGCCUAAAACCAUGGAGCCCCUGACCCAUCUCAGUCUCUUACGAGAGUUUUAAGGGAUUCAAAACAAGUUUUACGGAGGCUUCUCCUUCAUCCUUCCCCUUCCCCUUCCCCUUCCCCUCCUUUCCAAACUCUGUGAACCUCUAACUUCCCUUCCUCCUUCCCUCACCUCCCUCUGCUUCACAAAACAAAUCCGAAUCCAAAGGAAAGAGAAGAAGGGGGUGGUACUGCAACCACCAACCAUUUCCUUCUCUCCUCCCCUUAAUUUCUCUUCAAUUCACUCUUCUUUUUCAAAACCAAAUAACCAUGCCCAGCAAGCUAAGGAAAGCAAUUGGGGCAAUGAAGGAUCAGACCAGCAUAGGCCUCGCUAUGGUAACAAACAACAACUCCUCAAGCCUCGACAUCGCAAUCCUCAAAGCCACAACCCAUGACACUGUCCCAAUGAAAGAAAAGCACGUCAAAGAGGUUCUCCUCCUUACUUGCGGUUCCAAACUCUACGCAUCAACCUGUGCGCAAGCCAUCGCCAAGCGUAUCGGCCGCACGCGCAAUUGGAUCGUAGCCCUCAAGUCCCUCAUGCUUGUUCUUCGCAUCUUCCAAGACGGCAAUCCUUAUUUCCCACGUGAAGUCCUUCAAGCCAUGAAAGCAGGCGCCAAGAUCCUUAACCUCUCCACCUUCCGUGACAUCUCAACCUCAAACCCUUGGGACUACACCGCCUAUAUCCGCACCUUUGCACUUUACCUAAACGACCGCCUAGAGUGUUACCUCAUAGGUAAGCUCCAGCGCAGGGCUGUCCACAAGGAACCUAACAAUGGUGGGUCCCACAGGAGGAACGACCUCGUGUGCGACAUGAAACCGCCUAUGUUGCUAGACCGCAUCUCCUACUGGCAGCGGCUGCUGGAUCGAAUCAUCGCCACCAGACCCACCGGCACCGCCAAGUCUAACCGUCUCGUUCAUAUCUCUCUCUACCCCAUCGUCCUGGAGAGCUUCGAUCUCUACAGAGACAUCUCCGAUGGCCUCACCCUUCUCCUCGAUAGCUUCUUUCAUUUGCAGUACCAGUCCUGUGUCGAUGCCUUCCAGACCUGUAUAAAGGCUUCCAAGCAAUACGAGGAGUUGAGUGAAUUCUACAGCUCCUGCAAGAAUAUGGGGGUGGGACGGACGUCGGAGUACCCGAGUGUUCAGAAGAUUUCCGAUGAGCUCAUUGACGCGCUCCGGGAGUUUCUCAAAGAUCAGGGUUCUUUCUCUACUGGGAAUCCUGGAUCGCCGGUCUGUCAACCUGCACCACCAGAGGAGGGAGGAUCCGAGACGGGAUCCCAGGUUAACGACCGGCCAACCUCGUUAGAGGAUCUGAUCGGCGGUACCGACGCCGGCACAAGCCAUACGAGCCACACGAGCCCAUCCAUCUCCACGGAUCAAGACCAAUUUGAGAAGCAAACCAAAUUGGAAGAUUUGAUGGGUCUGAAUACCAAUACGAGUACGGAUGAAGAAGGAAUAGAUUCGGGAGGGAUGGAUCUAGUUCUCUUCACCGAUGAUAAUGAACAGCAGCCAUCGGUAUCGGGAUUAACGGCGAUGGGAGCCGAGGACGGUGGAAGAGAAGGAUGGGAGGACAUGUUAGCUGAAACUGUAACUGCCAACGACAUUUCGGUAACGUCGUCGUCGUCGUCUUCACAAGAGGGUUUCGCCCAGCUGCGGCAUCUCCACCAGCCCAGCUAUAAUCCAUUCCUCCAGGACACGAGUGAGAUCCCUGAAACAUCCACCACCGCCAUUGGACCCGUCGCCGGCGACACUGAUUUCUUUUCGCUCCCCACGUUUCAGGCAACCCCGACGUUCACUGCGCAGGAAUCGGAUGAUGCUACAGCAUCACCGUGGCAUGUAGAGAAUGACCCUUUCGCACCAUUGUCUCUCCAGGCGGAUCAAAUUUUGGUUAGUUCCACCGGUCAACAGCAACACUUCCUACGUGAACAGCAGUUGUGGUUACAGCACCAAAAUAAAAUCAUAGCGAGGCAUGCAAAUGUAGCUUGAUUGAUUCCCAAACCACCCCCGGCCCCCCUCCAAAAUUAAAGAUAAAGGAAAAAUAAAUUCUUGCU